ACUCCGGAGAGCGAGGGCCCUGAGCUCCUCCCAGCGCAAAGAAGUUGUUCCGCCCGCCUGAGCUGGGACCUCGUGUUUCAGUUUACGGCCUCUGGAAAGAGCCCGGCACCAUCCUCGUGGCGCCUGCCUUUGAGAUAUUUGAUGUACUGAGGGAGUUCCCUCUCCGUCUUCUCCUCUCCACACUAAACAGGCCCUGCCCCCUCAACCUUCCCUCAUGAGGGGAGGUCAGUGCUACCAUCACCUCUGUCACUCUCCGCUGGACCCUGUCCGGGAGCUCCCUGCCUUUCUCGCCCUGAGGAGCCCAGAACUGGACGCAGCCCUGCAGAAGGAGCUGAGCAAAGAGGCGCCAUCAGCUCCCGCGGCCUCCGGCGCCGCUCCUCCCGAUUCACCGCGGAGCGCCGCGGGACCGUGCGCGGCCUGCGCAUGCGCGGCACGGCGGCGCCCAGAGGACCCGAAUUGGGCCGGGCCGGGCCGAGCCGAGCUGAGCUGAGCUGAGCCGGGCCGGGCUGAGCCGAUGCUGCGGUGCCGCGUCCCCGCGGAUGCAUAGCCCCGUUCCCACGGUAUGUCAGUGUCUCGUAAGCAGCCAAGACUCAGCAGCUCCGUGGCAUGAGGUUUGUAAAAAGGAUCCUGGUUGAUGGCCUUGAUCCACAGCUCCGUGAGGCGAUUUCCACUAACCUUGGCAUCAGAGGAAGCAGCCUGUCCUUCUGGCCGAGCUACCUGGGCCCACAUCACUUCUCCAGCCUCAGCAAAGACGCUGGAUUUGCCAAGCCUCAACUUGUCAUUGCCACCUGAGCCCUGGAAGGACUUAGAGGGAUCCUCAGGGUCCUGGUUCUGCCUGGAUCAGUGGUGAGGCGGAGCAGCAGCACGGAGGAGCAGGAGAGCCUGCAGGGCUGCCUGCAGCUUGGACACCACACUCAUGGUCCCCAGCAGUGGCCUCCAGCAUGCAGCUGGCACCUCCUACAGAUACAAACUGCAGUGCCUCUGGAGCCAGGUGAGGCACAUCGCCAGGGAGAGGGACAAGGCUCGGCUGGGUUUGGAGAAGGCAGAGAGACACUGCCAGCAGCUGGGCAGGGAGCUGGAUGAGCAGUGCAUCGCUCUGAAGCACACCCAGAGCAAGCUCAGGAAUUUUCAGGCAGAAAUGGAGGCAAAAGAGCUGCUUUUGCAGCAAGCAGUGAGUCACCAGACGAAGCUGGAGGCUGCUACCCGGCUCCUCCAGGGCAAAGAGGCCAACCUGCAAGGGAGACUCAACCAUGUGAUGAAUGAGAACACACAGCUACAAAACAAGGUCACAGAGAUGGCUGAGAAGCUGUCAGCCUCUGAGGAAAUGGUGUUGGAGCUGCAAAAAGAACUCAACCACAUUGUGAAGGAUAAGCUGGAGCAGGGGGAGCCCCACAGCCCGGAGUUCCUGAAGCAGAGCGAGCGCUUUGCCGAGAUCGUCCUGGAGUACGAGCGGCAGUGCCAGAGAGUCAAGGUGCUGCAUGACCAGAACAGAGCGCUGCGAAGGGAGCUGCAAGGGCUGCGCCUGCAGCUGCAGGAGAGCAGGGCUGAGGGAGCGCUGCCAGCAGCAGAAAUGUCACUCCCAGUGGAGAAGCUCCAAGAGCAGCUGCAGGACCUGAGGGUGCAGCUGGAAACCAAGAGUGAGAAGGGCAAGGAGGAGCUCUCUCACCCGGAUGUCAAGAUGCCUCAGCUGGGCUGUGAACGCCCUGAGCACAAGGCUGGUCACAGCCAUGGCCCUGGCACUGCCCAGCUGCAGAGCCAGAGCCUUCUGGAGGCUGAGUGGCUGCGAGGGGCAGAGAUUGCUGCAAGGCUGGAGCACCACCAGAGGCAUGCAGCAUGUUGGAUGGAGAUGGAGCUGCUCCAACAGCAGCUCCAGGCCUCACAGGAAAAGCUUUUGGAAGCCAAAGCCAACCUGAGCCUGGCCCAGGCCCAGCACACUCUGCAGUUGCAGCAGGCCAAGGCCCAGAUAAACAACAUGGUGCCAAAGAAGCAGUUUGAGCAGCUGCAUAACACCUUGAGAGAGGAACAGUGCAAGACUCAGCAGCUCCAGGAAAGUCUCCAGCUGCAGGCUGAGCAAGCAUGCAGGCAGCUGGUCAGGACCCAGGAGGAACACGAGCAGCUGCUGCAGGCAGCUGUGGAGCAGGCAGAGGGGCUGGAACAAAGUCUGAGGAAUGCUGAAGCUCUGCUGGCAGAGAGGGCAGCUCAGCUCAGAGAUGCCCAGGCCCAGCUCUCCAGGAACAAACUAUUGAUUGAAGAGCUCCGUGGAGAGAACAGGAGGUUUGCAAUGGCCCUGCAGGCUGCUGAGAUGAAGCAGAAGAGCAUGGAAGAGAAGAACCAGCUGUUGGAGGAACAAGCCUCAGCUCUGAAGCAGCUUAUUGGAAAAAUCACACCAGCAUCUCUGAGUGGGUGAUGGAACAUCUGCAGUGGCAGCUCCUGGUCCUGGCUGGGGCUGGUCAGGUGCAGAAUGGGACAUACAGCUGGGUUGGGAAAUCAGCCUUGUCCUCUCUGGUCUUGCCAGGAUUUUCCUGUGCAGAAAAUAGCAAAUGGGGAGCCUAGAGUCCUUGGAGGAAACUGGUCCUGUGGAUAGUUGAAUUUUCUAACUGAAAGCAGCAGCCUUGGUGCCUUUCUCAGUGGCAGUGUGCUGUUGUCAUGGCUGUCUCAGGACAGCCAGCUCACAGGAUUUUCUUUGGCAGUGUUUGGUGGUGGUGCAGGUGCUCCCUCUCAGCAGAAGGUGGAUGUUGGAGCCACAGUUACAUCUCAAAAGUUAGGGCAGAAGGACUUGCAGGACCCUGUGCCUGGCUCACUCCAUGCAGGAAAGAAAGCUGAGUUGUGGCAUUAAAAUGUGUGUAAUGUUACAGCACCUCCUACUAUCCCCAGGCUCCUCUGUAUUUCAGUCACCUUCCCCAGCUGCUGCUGAACAUUUAUUCCCAACAGCUCCUCCUAAAGCCUGAACCUAGGAUCCAAAACCAACCAGACUGUUGCCUCUGCAGUGAGCAGGACAGAGCAAUGCUGUAAUGCUGUAAUCCUGUUCCUGCAUUCUUCCCCAGCUCUUUGCUUUUUCAGCUCCAGUCUGAGAUGGGAGCUAAGCAAACCUCUAGUCUUACCUAGGGCUGAUGUUUUUCCAGGUGUUUUCCCACACACAGUGCAAGAGCUGAGAAGCUCCAUUAGGAAAACCAGACAAGGAAAGCAGUUCUUCAGCCUUGUUGUUUUUGUGCUAGCCAGAAUGCUUAAAACCCUCUGCUCCCUUUCCCAACCUAAAUAGCCCAUAGGCCCUACCAGACCAGUGCUGUGGGAUAAGAGAUUCUUCAGAGGAACAGAGACACAGGCCCACGACCCAGACUGCAAUGAUCACUCACACAGCACCUCAGGAAACAACAUUUAUGGGUCUCUGAUGGGGACAAGGCUUCAUGUUCCUGGAAAGAAUCUUGUACAGCAUUAUCUGACACUUGGAGAAGCAGUUCCACUGAGAAACUUAAAAAACCAUCGCACUGCAGGGUCAGGAUGGGUUUGGCUGGAGAGCCAGAUCACAGUGCUGAAUGAACACCACAUUAACUCUUAAAAACCCAAGAGACUGAGGCUGAAGGAGUUCUUUAUUUUGGAGCCAUGGAGUUUUCCUGGCUUCUAGAGCCCAGCCAGGUGGUGUCUUACAUGCACAGUGUGAACAAACAACUACUCCAAACAAAAAUGCAUUCACAAACCCUGGGUGUAGCUGUGGGGCUUGGAUAAUGCUCCCCCACCAUCCUGGAUUCCCAGGAUUGCUAUAUUACCAGCAUGCACCCUUUGCUCAUGAAGAGCUGUGGUUUUAAGGCAUCAAAGGCUGACAGGAGGAGUGGCAGGGUGCCACUGCAGAAGUAUUGAGGAGUCUCAAGUCCUGCACACCAGAGCUCAGUCCCCAUCGUGGGCAGGCUACCAAGCAAGAGCUGUCCCUCCCAUCCUGCACACUUAGGACAGAACGUGCUCCAGGAUUCCUUGUCUGAUCAACUGCUCACAUUUCCAGCGGGGUAAAAAGUGCUGCACAUAAACACAGAAAAACCCUCCUAGAAUUUGUUAGAUUUGUUGCUGCACACAAGCAGCUCUGUUGUGCUGCACAUCCAGUGCCUCGUGGUACCAGAUCAGGCAGAGCUGCACUCUGUGUGUACAGAGACUGGGACAUGCUGCAAGGCCAGCAUAAGCAGGGCGAUGUCAUGGGAGUGAGGGGGCAGGAAGAGAACAGAGCACACUCAGCCACAGGUACCUGGCUGUUCUUCUUCAACAGGAUGGUAGUGCCAUCAUCAACCUCGAACUCCCCGUGGUCUCUUAAACACCGCACCUGCAAAGGGGAAACACAGCUCUGUAGGAGUCCCAUGGAAAAAAAAACAACCACCCUCUCCAGGUAACAGUCCUGGGCUUGGGAACAUGGUUUCUAGUUGGUCUAGUUAAGUUUCUGCAAAAGGCUGCACUUCUUACUGUUUAACUCGCCCCACCACAGACUCCCUGCAGACUAGAAGUGCCAUACUUUGUGCUCUCAGUAGGAGUAAAAUGCUGACAGACAGAGUAAAGCACAGAAACCUGUGAAAGCUUUGGAACUCUGAAAGGUUUUACUUGAUGAACUGACUUGGGAUGGGGAUGAAGUCCUCGAAAAGAGAUAGUCAGGAAAAUGUUUAUCCGUGGAUAGAGGCGAGAAAUCUUGCACUUACUUCAAUGUACAGGCUUUUAGGAGGUUUGAUGUCCUGUGUGAGGUCCAGCCCCUCCUCUCCUCCUACUGACCUCAUGUAGGUAGCCAGAGACUUUUUGUACCGAUUGAACCACUCUACCUGUGGGCAUUAACAGGGUUGUACCCACAGACGAUGAACACACACAAGUCAGUAUUUACAGAAAGACAUGUUAAAUGUCAUGUUUAUAGUGCAGGGGAGACUACCCUGUUUUGAUUUUACUAAAUAAUCCAUCAGAAGGGAUAUGUGGGAAGAGAAACGAGGUUGACUCACUUCCUCAGCUGACAUGUGGAACUGGAUGGUGUUGGGCAGAACGCUGCCAUACUCCCACCUCAGUGCUCGGAUCCGUAGCAACCUGUCAUACCUAGGGGAAGAAAAGGGGCAAACCCAACACCUCUGCUGAGGUGAGUGCUGGCAACAUCCCCAAGCCACAGGAACAUCCAGUAAUGUACACUUUUAAAGAGCAGGGGGAAGCAGAGCCUUCUCUUCGCGGUGAUACCAGCAACAAGCACAAGGGGAACCAGCUCCACAGCUGCCUUGCUGCUCGUGGAAGAGCCGCCUGCCCGUGCCGAGAGUGCCGACCCCCGUGCCAGCAGGGCCGAACAGGGGAGGCAGCCCCGCGCAGCACUCACAGGUAGGCCAGGAGGCAGCGCUGGUUCCGCAGCAGGCAGCAGUGCCGGAACCGGAUCAGGAAAAUCAGGUCCGUCCGUCCCGCCUUCGCUUCGGACCUGGCGAUGAGGGGAAGGAGAAAGAGGAGUAGGAGGAGAGCUGCGGGCCGGGGAGCGCCGCCCGCGCUGUGCGGGACGCGCCGGGAGCGGGCGCCCAACUCACACGUCCGCCUGGUUCCGCUCGUACAGCGCCCGCAUCUCCUCCAGCGCCUGCCGCAUCUCCUCCGUCUGCAAGAGCGGCACGGUCAGCGGGAGCGGGCCGGCGGCGGGCCCGCCGCUGCUCCCGGUGCCGCCGCGGCUCACCCGGAAGGGCGGGAGGUGCCCGCCGGCGGCGCGGUGCAGCUCCCGCACCAGCUCCAGGCCGCGCUCCGCCGCCAUCGCGCCGCCGCGCGGGAACCGCGCCGCGCUCCAGCCAGCCAAUGGCGGCCGCGCCGCGCCGCGCCGCAGCCAAUGGGGCGCGAGGGGCGGGGCCUAGAGGCGGGCGCGGCCGCUCCCCGCCGGUGUCCCGGGGGUGCCCCUGAGGGGCUCGGGGCGCGCUGGGAGCUCCGAGCGGCGGGAGCGGCAACUCGAGCGGGGACUGGAGCUGCAACCGGAGCUGCAACCGGAGCUGCGACUGGAGCGGCAACUGGAGCGGCGGCUGGAGCUGCAACUGGAGCUGCUGCCGCCCAUUGCCUCUAGCGAGCCCCUUUCCCACCGCGGGGGCGCGCUGGGAGCCCCGAGCUGCUGCCGCCCAUUGCCUCUAGCAAGCCCCUUCCCCGCAGGCCCCGGGGUCGGGUGGGGAGGGCCGGUCCUGGCCGGGCACAGCGCCGGGCACAGCGCCGGGCACAGAGCCGGGCACAGCGCCGGACACAGGGCCGGGCACAGAGCCGGGCCUUCGCGGGGAAGGCGCUGAGGACAAGCCCGGCCAAGGGCUCGGAGGGCUCGUGUGCCCCCAGAGCCCCUGGAACUCUGGUGUGGGGUGCUCUGUACAAGCGCUUGUGGCCCAAGGCAGAGGGAUUCCUCACAGGGACACGGAGCCAUUGGAAUGGGAAUGGCCUCAGGAUGAAGGAAGGCAGGGUUAGAUGAGUAUCAGAGGAAGUUUUUCCCUGGCUGGGUGGGCAGGCCCCUGUGGCUGCCCCUGGAUCCCUGGCAGUGUCCCAGGCCAGGCUGGACCCUGGGGCUUGGAGCAGCCUGGGACACUGGGAGGUGUUCCUGCCCACGGCAGGGGUGGAAUGGGAUGAGCUUUAAUGUCCCGACCACAACUUAGUGAUUCUGAUGGUCUUCCUGAGGUCAGUCAGCCUGAGGAGCUGUUGCAAAUUCAGGCUGAAAGAUGAAUGCUCAUAAUUUACACUGUGUAAAGCAAGAAUGAAUGCUUAAAAAAAAAUCUAAUGCAUGAUUUUAUAAUUUUUUUAAGAAAAGGGAUGGGGAGAGGUGCUUCCUUUUAUUUUCUUCAGAAUAAAUGUUAUUUCUUACUUACAGCAUGGUAGAAACCUUAUUCUGCUCUGACUGCUCAAGGACACUUGGCAGCAUCUACAGGUGCACCUCAAGGAACCUCGACUAGAAGAGAGAUUUGUUCUGUUUCAGUAUUGGCUCCAUUGACAGUUACAGGUGGCAUGGCUUCCCCUCUGUACUCGUGGUGGACUGGAACAGAAGAGAGAGUUCUCUUGGGAGUUCUUUGCUUUUAACCCCGUGUGUUCUCAGGGCUAUAUUCUAGGAACCCCAGGAAAGCAAGCUGUUAUUCCUGAGGAACUGCUGAAUCUCAAAAGUCGAGCUGUCUUGCAGGAGGUGCUGGAAAGGGUGGAUGUGAUAUUCAAAGCUCUGGAGCCAAGGCUGAGCACCAUCGAGGGGUUGUGGCUGCUCUGCACUGACUGUACCUGCUGAGAGGCUGAGGUGAGACCAGGAUCUGUAAAAUCCCUGACUCUCCGUGUCUUCCUGAGGCUGAAGCCAUGUUUGCUGUCAAUGACAACAUGGUGGGAGAUGCUGAACACUGAAAACUUUGGGUUUUUUCCUCUGAGCUUCCCAAGACUAUCUGCAGCUGUGCCCUGCCUAUCUCUUGAAAGAGUUUCUGUGUUUACAAAGGUUUUUACAUUCUGCAAUAUAUAUUUAUAACUCAAUUAAAAAGAAUCAUACUGUA